AUGUUCACUGAGGCAGACUUGCGCACAAAGAUCGAGCAGACGGUGCCCCGGGUGUACAACGUAAUCGUGACGGACCUGUCGUACGGUUGCGGGCAGUCCUUCGAUGUCGUGGUGGUGAGCGAUGAGUUCGCGCAGAAGAACAAGAUUCAGCGCAGCAGGAUUGUCAAUGCCGCGCUUAAGGAGGAGCUUAAGAGCAUCCACGCGUUCAGUUGUAAGUGCUACACGGAGGAAGAGUGGUCUAAGAUCGUCGUGUAG